AUGCACACAGGGACGGAGAGACCUCCAGCUCCACGCGACCCUUGGCGAGCCCCUCCUCGAGACAGUAAUGCCUGGACAAUGGUGGAUGAUGCAGCCGGGGAGGUGCUUCGCUGUAUCGCUGAACAUUCCGUGACCCUCCUCGUUGCCCCGACAGGUUCGGGCAAGUCCACCGGGGUGCCACGGCUGCUGCUUGAAAGUGCAGACCGUCACCGUGUCUUAUGCACGCAGCCUCGGAGGGUCGCCACUGCGAGCCUGGCGAAGCUGUUAGCCGACUACACGGCCUCCGAGGUCGGUGAGCUCGUGGGCUUUCAGGUCGGAGGGCACCGGAAAUGGAGCGAGCAGACGCAGCUGGUUUAUGUCACGACGGCCAUUGCGAUGCUGAUGUGCCUGCAAGGUAGCCUUCCAGCCACACACAUCAUAGUAGAUGAAGUGCACGUCCGAGAUGUGCACAUCGACGCCCUGCUGAAUAUCUUGAAGGGCGAUGUGUUGCCUCAAGACGCCACCAAAAAGGUCAUACUGAUGUCGGCAGCGACUGAUGUGCCAUUUCUCCAGCAUUAUUUCCAGAACUCCUCGCUUGGCUUCAUCGAUUUGGAAAGAGGGCGAAAGCAUGGACUGACGCUUUCCUAUGCAGAUGGAUCCUUCCUGCGCAGUCUGACCGUGGACAUGUGUCCGGAGAAAAUGGCUGAAGCACUCGAGCUGGUCCUUCAGCAGCAUCACGUGCUACGAGACUUCCAGCAAUCUUUCUUGGUUUUCCUUCCUGGCCGCCAAGAGGUGCACGCACUAGCAGAUCGGCUCACGGCCGUGACAAACAUGGAGGUCCAACGGCUCUUUGGCGGCCAGGCACUGCACUUGCAGCAAAGGGCUCUUCGUUCUCGCGCGAAUGGAUCCAAGCGCUUGGUUAUCCUUGCGACGGAUAUUGUGGAGUCGUCAGUAACAAUUCCAACAGUGGACUUAGUCAUCGACACCUGCCUUCACAGACGGCGGCGCUGGCAUCCUUUGCUGAAGGAGAGCCCGCUGACCCUCGAAUUCAUCAGCCAGGAUGAGGCUUUGCAGCGAAGUGGCCGCACGGCGAGGCUUCGUGAUGGCCAUGCAUUCCGAUGCAUGACGGAGAUGGAAUUCGGACGGCUUCAGCGGCAUGCGGAGCCUGAGAUACGUCAUCAUCCACUAGACAAUUUGGUUCUGGCGGUCUACGGCUUUCGUGGCCUGUCCAGAGCUCCCGAGGAUUUUCUGGCCGCCAUGCCCAGCCCUCCUGAUCUCGGCAGAGUUAAGUCCUCCAUUUCUCGCCUGGAAGAGUUGGGCGCGCUGGGAUCAGAUGAAAGGCUGACUGCUGUCGGGCGACUUCUCGACCAGCUGCCCCUGGAUUCAGGCUGCGGCAUGCUGGUCAUCAAUGGCCUGCGGUAUGAUGUGCUUGUGGACUGCUGUGUUAUGGCAGCCAUUCUACAGCAGGGCAGCCCGUUCGAGGCUCCUGUUCUGGACGAUGGCACUUGGGAUAUGCAGCGGGCUUUGCAGUACUGGCAAGUCCGAAAUGUAUGUGCCGACUGCGAUGGAUAUCCUUCCGACUUGCUUCAAGAUCUGGGGGGCUACCGUGCUUGGUGCAGGCAAGUGCAGAGCGCCGGCGCAGCUUGGGCUAUUGAUCAAGGUCGUCAGUGGUGCAUGCACCACUUUCUUAGCUUUGAACGCCUCCAGUCCAUUGACGAGGUGAAGCGGCAGAUUCUUGCCAUUCUCCACCAGCACGGUUAUGAGGUUCCAGCGAUGCAGAGCUUGCCGAUGCAGUGCAACCAACGAAAGUGCGGUGACAGACUUUUUUCCAGUGCUCCGGAGUUUGCAGGCGAUCCUUGUACAGACUUCAAGGAACUCCUCAGUUGGGAGAACCAGGAAGCAAGUCACCGUCGCUUGCUGCAGUGGUGCAUAGCUGCUUCCUUUAUUCAUGGGAUGCUGUCGAUGCAGAGCUCCGCAUGCACGGAGCAGGUUUCUUUCAUUGCUCGGCGGAACAAAAAGGAGCAAGUCGGCCCGUUUCUUGCCCAACAUGGCUUCCAAAUUGAGGAUGUCGCGAUGGACAACAGCAGCGGCAAGGUCACAAUCACCUUCGGGUCGCGUGAGGAAGCACGUCGGGCUUGUCAAGUUGUUGCGGCGGGCACGAACAGCACCUUCCCCUUCAGGAGUGCAGAGCAGCGAAGCUGGGGCAGGCAAAGGCGGCAGCAGGUGCAGCUCCGGGGCUGCAGUUCUGUUUGCAAGUUGAAGGCCGAGUCCAUGGUUGAGCCGCAGGUGCGAGAGGACUUUGAGGUUAUCACAGCCGAUGCGCUUCCCGUGAAAACAGGCAGAGGUUUCAUAUACCUAUGUUCCAAGAAUACCAUGGUUCCAUCUGGGCUGCUGCCGUUGGUGGUGCUGGCAACCUACUGCAAGCAGGAGGCCCAGCAGCGCGCGAGCUCGCCAUUGGAGUUCAAGCUGAAGGUCCGCUUCCAUGGGAGCUGGGAGGAAUUCAGCUUGCAAGCCCAUGAUCUACGGGUCUUCAGCGUAAUUGAAGAAGUUCGGAAUAAUAUGGACAAGGAGUUUGGCCCACACAUUUCGCUGACGCAACGCAAGCAGAUUGUUGAAGGGCGGGCUGCAUCUGUUCGGCGGAUGAUGGACCAACUGCAUGAUGGGGAACCUCCAGUGCGAAGUAUGGUUAGGCCAAGCCAGGAUUUUGUGACGAGUUUGUUGCCCUCUUUGAAUUCUCUGGGGCUGCAAUUUUGA